GCAUCAAACCAUAAAAUGCAAUUGUAGCCACAAAACCCACUAAAGUCCAUCCUCUCCACUCUCCAGUCUCCGCCAUGGCCAGUUUUCUCUCAUUAUUUCUAAUUUCUUCUCUAACUCUAGCCGCCGUCCUAAUUUCCGUCACAGGAGAAACCCUCGAAUCUGAUUUCUUGCAUCACAAGAAAGAGAAGCUUACUCAUUUCAGAGUAUACUGGCACGACAUCGUAAGCGGCCAAGACCCGACUUCGGUAACAAUCAUGAAUCCUCCAAAAAACUAUACAGGGGCAACGGGUUUUGGUCUAAUGCGUAUGAUUGAUAACCCUUUAACGCUCGCCCCAAUAUUAAGCUCCAAAAUGGUGGGAAGGGCACAAGGCUUUUAUGCGAUUACAUCUAAAGAAGAGAUAGGGUUAUUGAUGGCUAUGAAUUUCGCGAUUAUUGAUGGGAAAUACAAUGGAAGCACGAUCACAGUAUUAGGAAGAAACUCGGUGUUCGAUAAGGUGAGGGAGAUGCCGGUGAUCGGAGGAAGUGGACUUUUCCGAUUUGCUAGGGGUUAUGUUCAGGCAAGAACGCAUGUGUUUGAUCUCAAGACAGGGAACGCUGUAGUAGAGUAUAAUUGCUAUGUUUUGCACUACUGAUUCUUCUUCAUUUCUAGUUUAUAAUACUUUUUUUUCUUUUGGUUUGGUUUUUUCCUUUUCACAUAGUGGUGGUGGGAGACAGUGUCUUUUGUCACUUAAACUAAUUUUCCUAGAUGCGUGAAUUUAUGAUUUUUGCUUUCUUAAUGCCUACGUACUCAUCAUACUAUACUAAAGAUGAAAAGUGUAAGAUUGUAUGUAAUGUCCGUGAGGAGUAUGUGUUAUUGAUACGUCAAUAUAUAAGGUGUACAAGAGUA